UUACUGAUACCUAAAACAAACGCACACCGAAUAAUCUCUCUCGUUUAUGAGUUUGACAAAAACCAAACGCGGCUCGGUCGCUUUCUUUCUUUCUCUGAGAUCUCUGAUUACAUUUGAUUUAGGUUAUUAAUUUUGCGGAAACUGUCUAACAGAGAGAGAUCAAACGGAGAUGAUGACAAAGAACGGAGUGGUAGGAUCAGAUUUAGUUGUAUCGGAGAGGAGGCCGAAGACUAAGAUAGUAUGUACUCUGGGUCCGGCGUCAAGGUCCGUCCCCAUGGUCGAGAAGCUUCUCAGGGCUGGAAUGAACGUCGCGCGCUUCAACUUCUCUCACGGAUCACACGAAUACCAUCAGGAAACCCUAAAUAAUCUCCGAACCGCCAUGGAAAACACCGGCAUACUCUGUGCCGUCAUGCUCGACACCAAGGGUCCAGAAAUUCGAACUGGAUUUUUGAAAGAUGGCAAGUCCAUCCAAUUGAAACAGGGUCAAGAGAUCACCAUCUCUACAGAUUAUAGCAUUAAGGGUGAUGAGAACAUGAUUUGCAUGAGCUACAAAAAGUUAGCUGAGGAUGUGAAGCCGCAUAGUGUGAUACUCUGUGCAGAUGGCACCAUCUCAUUUACCGUUCUGUCUUGCGACAAAGAACAAGGUUUGGUUCGAUGCCGCUGUGAGAACACAGCAGUUCUUGGUGAGAGGAAGAAUGUCAAUCUCCCAGGGGUUAUUGUUGAUCUCCCGACUUUGACGGACAAAGACAAGGAGGAUAUCUUAAAAUGGGGGAUCCCUAAUAAAAUUGAUAUGAUUGCUCUGUCCUUUGUUCGCAAAGGUUCAGACUUGGUGGAGGUUCGAAAUUUGCUGGGAGAGCAUGCGAAGAAUAUCCUUCUCAUGUCAAAGGUUGAAAAUCAGGAAGGAGUGGCAAAUUUUGAUGAAAUUCUUUCCAACUCUGAUGCCUUUAUGGUGGCACGGGGUGACCUGGGAAUGGAGAUUCCAAUUGAAAAGAUAUUUUUGGCGCAGAAAGUGAUGGUUUACAAGUGCAACAUCCAAGGCAAGCCAGUUGUUACAGCAACACAGAUGUUGGAGUCCAUGAUCAAAUCUCCAAGGCCAACUCGAGCAGAAGCUACAGAUGUUGCAAAUGCUGUUCUCGAUGGUACUGAUUGUGUAAUGCUUAGUGGCGAAACAGCUGCUGGAGCCUAUCCAGAACUCGCUGUUCGAACCAUGGCCAAAAUUUGUGUGGAAGCAGAAAGUACAAUUGAUUAUGGAGAUGUCUUUAAAAGAAUCAUGACCAAUGCACCAGUGCCAAUGAGCCCACUGGAGAGUCUGGCCUCUUCUGCUGUUCGAACCGCAAACUCCGCAAAAGCAGCACUUAUAUUGGUCUUAACCAGAGGAGGAAGUACUGCAAAACUGGUGGCUAAGUACAGGCCAGGCAUGCCAAUACUAUCUGUGGUUGUCCCUGAGAUCGAAACUGAUUCGUUUGAUUGGUCAUGUAGUGAUGAAUCUCCAGCACGACAUAGCCUUAUUUUUAGGGGGUUGGUACCAGUUUUGUGUGCAGGAUCUGCAAGGGCUUCUGGUGAGGAGUCAACAGAAGAAGCACUGGAGUUUGCUUUACAACAUGCAAAAGCAAAGAGCCUCUGCGAGAAAGGAGACUCUGUCGUGGCCCUACACCGUGUUGGAACAGCAUCCGUAAUCAAGAUUGUGACCGUGAAGUGAUCAAUUUGAUGCUGUCCUCCUCACUGGACCUUUUUGUUACUUGGGGUGAUAAAUAAGUUCUCUUUUUUGUCUGCAAAAUUUUGCCAUUUGGAUGACAGAUGUGACUUGCUAAAAUUGAUAUGUUUCUUCUAAGUUGUGGGCAUCGACCCUUUUGUUGUUGCCCGCGAAUUUUUUUGACCUAAUGUAAUGGAAUUCUGCUAUUUUUGCCAUUUGCCUACCUAGGCAGUAGGUUUGGACAAGUUGGUGUCAUUUGAUUAGCAUUUGCAAAUGGAACUGAUGCUGUAGCAUUACCAUUUGGCCAGCAUUUGCAGAGGGAACUACUUUGGCAUUUUUUGGUUGGUUUUUGUGAAUGAAUCAACCACUUGGCAUUUUCUUGGU